GCAGACUUAGAGUCCGUCGUUCGCGACCUAAUUCAAGAGUACCGCGAAGUCUUUCCCCCGUAUUUCUCAUACAGCGGGAUUCCCCCGAUGCGCGGUGUUGAGCAUUCUAUCCAGCUCGUGCCUGACUAUCGUGUUCACCAUCAGGCACCGUACCGACUCUCGAUUCCAGAGGCAACGGAAUUCAAUCGUCAGCUGAAGGAGCUCCUUCGACUGGGUUUCAUUAAACCCAGUAACUCCCCUUGGGGUGCACCUGUCCUCUUUGCUCGCAAAGCGGACGGAACUCUCCGCCUCUGCAUCGACUACCGUGGCCUUAACCGUUACACGGUUAAGAACAGUUAUCCCAUGCCCCGCGCGGAUGAGCUGUUUGAUCGUCUGGCAAGCAACCGCUUCUUCACGAAGAUCGAUCUUCGUAGCGGUUACCACCAGAUCCGCGUUGCCAAAGAGGAUCAGCCGAAGACCGCCUUCCGAUCACGCUUCGGCCACUACGAGUUCAUGAUGAUGCCAUUCGGCCUCACCAAUGCACCCGCCACCCCUCAGACGGCGAUGAACGACAUCUUCAGGGACAUCCUUGAAGAAUACGUUCUCGUAUACCUGGACGACAUCCUGGUCUACAGUCGUACCUUAGAAGACCAUCUCAAACACCUCCGCGAUGUCCUACAACGCUUACGCAAGCAUGGUUUCUAUGCCAAGCUUAGUAAGCGUCGCUUUGCCCAGCGCAAAGUGGACUUCCUAGGACACCAUGUGUCUGACCAGGGUCUCCACAUGGACGACGCGAAGAUCACAGCUAUUGCAGAGUGGCCCGUCCCCACAUCUGCCAAGCAGCUUCGCAGUUUCCUAGGCCUCACCAGCUACUAUAGUGUUCCCUCUCCUCCAGAUUCACCUUACCCCCAUGUUCCUUCUUUCCCUCCCCCUCCUGCUGACACUGCUUCUCGACUGACGCCUACCCUCCCACCACUUCCCUCCACUGACAGUCCUCCUGUUACCUACUCCCCGACCAUCACGGAGGAUGGGACUAUCGAGGCUCAUGCUGGGGAUUGCCCGAUCACUUUCUACUCCCGUCAGCUACUGCUUGCCGAGAUAAACUACACUGCCGAUGAACGUGAGGUUCUCACAGUAGUUUAUGCUACCCGACAUUGGCGUCAUUAUCUGCACGGGGUGCCCUUCACGGUGCGCAUGGACAACUCAGUUGUUCAGGCUUUCCUCACGAAGCCUAAGCUUUCCCCUCGACAAGCACGCUGGUGGCGUGACUUAUCCGAGUUCAGUUUCACCACUCAGCCCAUCAAGGGUGAAACGAACCGCGUCGCCGAUGCCUUGUCCCGCCGUCCUGAUCACAAUCAGGAACCCAUCCACCUUGCUGCCAUCUCCAUCACCACUGUUGAUCAAUCGGUGAUCGACGCGUAUCGUACUCAGUACCGCCACUGCCCCGAGUAUCGCGUCAUCCACGCGAUACUGCGGAGUGGCAAGACCGUUCCUUCCUACUCCCUCGGGGAGAACGGCCUUGUGUACUGGCAUGGCAGAUCUGGUCAGCUAGAACCACGUAUCUGCGUUCCCUCCACCGGACAGCUCCGCGUCCAGGUUGUAGCAGAGUUCCAUGACCAGGCAGUUGCCGGUCAUAUGGGUUUCCACAAGACGUUGGCUCGUGUUUGCCGCCUAUACGUCUGGCCGAAGUCCAAGGACUUUGCCAAAGCCUACAUCCAGGAGUGUCCCACGUGUCAGGAGGUGAACAGUGCGAACCACCUUCCGUAUGGGUUACUUCAGCCCCUACCCAUACCUCAGGGUCGUUGGCAGUCCAUCUCGAUGGACUUCAUUGGUCCCCUCCGCCCACCCACUGAGCGCGGUCAUGAUGCUAUCUUGGUCGUCGUCAAUCGCUUCACGAAGCGUGCACGUUUUGUCCCGUGCCGCUAUCGCAUUAGCGCUCGUGAGGUCGUCGAUAUCCUCCGCUUCUCAUCGUCUUACCACCCUCAGACGGAUGGUCCGACUGAGGUCACCAAUAAAACUCUCGGUAAUAUCCUCCGAAAGUUUGUUAGGGAUGACCAGCAGUGGGACUUACACUUAGCCCACACGGAGAUUGCGUACAACCACGCUGUUUCACCAGCCACGGGGAUGUCGCCAUUCUAUUGCGACCUCGGCUACCACCCUCGCGUACCCGCGGACUUCCUACGACCAUCGCGGUUGCGCCCAGACACUCGUUGCCCUGCGCUUGACGACUGGAUCGCCCACAUGGCAUCGAUUAUGAAGCGCGCACACGAGAGUUUAGCCGACUCCCAGACUCGCAUGGCCGCACGAGCGAACCGAUCACGAAUGGAUCAUCCAUUCAAAGUCGGUGAGGAUGUGCUCGUCGACGCUCGCCACUUACAGCUCGAAGCAGAUACGCUUCGCAAGUUCAGGCGUCGUUUCUUCGGUCCAUGCCGCAUCCUUCAGGCCGUCGGUUCUGAUACUGCCGCUAGUCCGGUCAGCUUCCGUGUGAAGCUACCUGAUUACCUUCGACAGGCUCGCAUACACGAUGUUUACCACGUCUCCUUGUUGCAUCCUUAUCGCAGACCGUCCGAGCGCUUCGCCGGACGCCCUUAUGAGCGCCCUCCACCUAUCAUGGUGGACGGCCACAAGGAGUUCGUUGUUUCCGACAUCGUAUCACGCCGAGUUACCGACGAUACCCCUCCACGCAUCGAGUACCUUGUGCGUUGGAAGGGCUACCCUGAUGAGGAGGCUACUUGGGAGCCCCUCGAGCACUUGCAGCACGCCAGGAUGUUGGUGCGUGCAUAUGAUCGUGCUCGUCGUGCUGAGACAUCUGCUUCUACUCAGUCGACUGACCCUCUUCCUCCUCCUUCGGCUGAGGAGAUUGCUGAGGACGAACCCGCUCCCUCUGAGGCCGUUCCUCAGCCGCAGACGGUCGCCUCCAAGCGUCCACAACGCACUCAUCGUCACCCUUUGCGUUACGAUGACUGACACUCUUAUCCUCUAUCUUUCCCCACUGACUCACACCAUCAGGUACUCCAUCAUCAACUCUUCUUCAGGAUGUCAGCGUUUUGCGGCCCUGCUUCGACAUCG